UAAAUACCGUCGACGACGAAACGAGAGCAAUCAGUAGCUUUCGAGCAGUCUACCACAGAAGUGCACGAUGAGAUUCCUGAUUGUCGCCGCCGCCGUCCUCGCCUGCGCCUGCGCCGCGCCCUCCGGCGCCCUGCUGGCCGGGCCCUACGCCCAUGGCUACGCCGCCCCCCUGGCAGUGGCUCACGCCGCCCCCUUGGCUCUGGCGCACGCUCCAGUAGCCGUAGCCCACGCUGCCCCCGCCCUGCCCACCAUCUCCCCCGGAGACAUCCACGCCGCCGCCAUCGACGCUCACGUCGACGCCUCGGACCACGCCCGCGCCGCCGUCGACGCCGCCCGCGAGAUCCAAGGCCAGGCCAUCAACGCCGCCGAAGACCACUCGUGGCAGGCGCUCGACGCCGUCAAGACCCAGCAGGCCGCGCUCGACGGCGCCGCCGCCGGCGUGUCCCCCAUCCUGGCCAAGCAGAUCGCCGGACACGCCGCCUACGCCGCGCCCGUGGUCGCCCACGCCGCUCCCGUGGUCGCUCACAGCUACGCCGCCCACGCCGCUCCCGUGGUCGCUCACGGCUACGCCGCCCACGCCGCUCCCGUGGUCGCUCACGGCUACGCCGCCCACGCCGCGCCCGUGCUCGCCCACGCGCCCGCUGUAGCCUACGGCGCCAGCCAUUCCGUCGUGUCCCAGUCUCUGUCCCAGUCCCACCCCGCCCCCAUCGUCCACGCUCCCGUGGCGUACGCGCACGGCGUCCAUGGACUCGCCCACGGAUACUCCCAUGCUUGGUAAUUUCGACAACUGUGAUAGUCAUUUAGGUACCAAAAAUAAUAGUCAAUUUUCGGUUGUACAUAAAUAAAUUAAAAAAACAGACGCCAUAGACGAGGAUGUGCGAAUAAAUGAAAUAUAAAUUUUA